AUGGGAGCUUGCGCUGCGGUGAUGUGCCUGGAGCUCUACGGCUCCCCAGUCGUGCCGGGCAAGAUUGCCAACGGCUCCUUCUACCGGCGGCACCCCAACACGCACACAACGCACCCGAACCCGCCCCUCUUCACCGACCUGAACCUCGAGCUGCCCUCCUCCACCGCCACCAGCGAAAACAAGAGCCACUGGUGCAUCGUCGGCCCCUCGCUCUCGGGCAAGACGACGCUGCUACAGGUCCUCCGCGGCCAGCACCUCGCGAUCCCGCCCACGACGCGAACGUAUCCUUACCUCUCCACCGAGAACGUCCCGCCGCGGCUGCGGAGUGCGAAUAGGGCGAUUCAGUACGUCGGCUUCGACGGCGACGGUGGGUUGGGCGGCGGGCAUACCACGAGCGCGUACCUCGCCGCGCGGUACGAGUCGAGGAGGGAGAAUACAGAUUUUUCGCUGCGGAAUUAUUUACUCGGCAACACGGAGCUGAAUCCGCUGGAUACCCUCCCCGGAGAAGAGAACCUGAUGCCAUGGGAGCUCAUGGAGAGGGUUGUCAAGGAUCUGAGGCUCGAGCCGCUGCUGGAUUUACCCGUCGCGUUCCUGAGUAACGGGCAGGGACGGCGCGCGCGCAUCGCGAGGGCGCUGUUGGCGACGCCGGAGGUGCUGUUGCUGGAUGAGCCGUUUAUGGGGCUUGAUCCGCCGACGGUGGCCGGGUUGAGUCCCGUGUUGGAGGGGAUCGCGGAGCGGGCGAGUCCGAGGCUGGUGUUGAGUGCUAGGCCGCAGGAUCCGGUGCCGGAGUGGAUUACGCAUUUGGUGUAUCUGCGCGGGGAUUGUCAGGUUGGGUCGAUGGGGCCGAAGGAGGAGGUGUUGGAGGGGUUGAGGACGUAUGUUAGGGGGGUGUGGAAGGGUGGGUUGAAGGAGGAUGAGAAGUUGCCUGUGCAUUCGCUUGUGGAGAUGGGGAGGGUGUUGACGGCGAGGGGGGUUGAGGGGGAUGGGCUCUUGUCGGCGAAGGAGAAGGAUUUGCACGCUGUUGAGUCUGGUUCUCCUGCCGAGGCGUUAUCGACUACGGGGGAGGCGGCUGUGGGUGAGCCGUUGAUUGAGAUGGAUGGAUGUCAGGUGCGGUACGGAAGCAAGAUUGCGCUGGGCAACUGGUCUCAGGAUACGCCGUCCGGGCCCAAGGACGGGUUGAUCUGGACUGUCCGCAGAGGAGAGCGAUGGGGCGUGUUCGGUCCGAACGGGUCGGGCAAGACGACCGUCGUGUCUCUCUUGUGCUCCGAUCACCCGCAGACGUACUCUCUCCCCAUCAAGCUGUUUGGCCGAAGCAGAAUCCCCGAGCCCGGGUCUGGGCAGCGACCUCUUACGUUUUGGGACAUACAGUCACGGAUUGGACACUCGAGUCCCGAAGUUCAUCAGCAUAUGCCCCGCGGCCUGACUGUUCGGCAGGUGUUGGAGAAUGCGUGGGCGGAUACGUUCAAGGGCAUUCCUGUUCUCGACGGAGAGACACGGGGAAAGGUCGAGGCGACGUUGCAGUGGUUCGCGCCGGAGCUGAAUCCGGGAUACCAAAAGGCCUCCUCUUCUGUCACGGGUGAUGGCGAGGGUGAUGGCGAGGGUGACCUCUCUUGGUCAGAUAACUACCUCUUUGGCGGCCUCUCCUUCAGCGCCCAGCGCAUCGCCUUACUUCUGCGCGCGGUGAUCAAGAAUGCCGACGUGGUGGUACUUGAUGAGGCCUUCAGUGGUAUGGAUGAUGCUGUUAGGGACAAGUGUAUGCUUUUCCUCGCCAGAGGAGAAGAGAAGGCGUACAGCGGGGAGAAGAUCGUAGACAGCGAGCUUGCCAAGGCGGGCCGGGUGCGGGUGAAGGGUUUGAGUGAGGAGCAGUCGUUGAUCUGUAUCAGUCACAUCAAGGAGGAGGUGCCGGAUUGCGUGCGGGAGUGGAUCUGUUUGCCCGAGGCUAAUGAGGGGUUGCCGGCGCGGUUUGGGCGGUUUGAUGGGCCAUUGAGGACGGAUGAGAAGCGGUGGAGGGCUCUUUGGGGGGUGUGAAAAGAAUACUGUGUACGGAUAGAUGGGAGAGUAAGGUUUUUGGUGGAUAUAGAAGUAGGUGAUUGUUUACCCCAGAGGUGAGCUGCACAUCAUCAUAUUGUGCCCAUGGGUACGGACACAUGGGAGAGUUGACACAUUUGGCGGAGUGAUGAGGUGCAUAUGGUGCAAGGUACACACCUCAGGUGAGUGACGAAACUGUUUGGUUCCCACCUACCUCGAGGUAUCCAUAGGUUAGGUACCACGGUACUCCGUACCUGAGGUAAUCAAUCCCUUUCGGGCGACGGGCUCAGGAACGGUCAGCGGGCCCCGGGGGCGCUAAGAAGCCGCUAACCGCUAC